UUUACUUCUUUAAAACCCCUUAACAGGGAAGUCUUUCAGAAGGUUUCUGGGCGUCGCUUGUUUUCUUCGAUUCUCUGUUUUGUCUGGAAAAUUCUGAAGGCUAUUGGAUUUAGCCCAGGGUUUCAAGCUGCCUUUUAGAUUUUGUUGAGGCUGUGGUUUUUAGGAAGGGCGUAGAAAAUUAUAAAUGGACAUGAACACUAUCGAAACGAGAGGCACUCCUCUUAGAGGGUAUCGUCAAAGGAAGAUGGUGCUGGAUCUAAAUUCUCCACCCUGUGAUAUUAGUGAACAGGGGGGUAGUUCACAACAGGCUCACCUCGAGGAAGUGACCGGCCAUCCCAUAGAGCCUGUACCACCUGAUGCCAUUGAUGUUGAAGCUAUUGAAGAUGAUGUUAUUGAAUCUUCUGCUACAGCAUUUGCAGAGGCUAAAAAUAAUUCAAGGAGGAGCAGAAGGACUGUUGUUGAUGUGGAUUCAGGGCAGCCGGCUAGGUCAACUACUAAUAAUCGGAACAAACGUAGAAGACUUCCUCCAAGCCAAACAGUUAUCAAUUGUGAUCAUUACAUUAAUUUGGAAAGCACACCACAGUCUAUUCAGGUCAAGGAAAUUAUAAAGCCGCAACCACCGCCAAGGGAACCAUCUUUCAGUUGUCCAAUUUGCAUGAAUUUGUUUACCGAGGAGAUGUCGACAAGGUGUGGGCACAUAUUCUGCAAGGAAUGCAUUAAAGCUGCAUUAGCUGUGCAGGGUAGAUGUCCAACUUGCAGGAAAAAGGUCACCAUGAAGGAACUAAUUAGGGUCUUCCUUCCAUCAUCCCGUUAAAGAUGAGCUCUACGUGUCGCCCAACUAGUAAUGGACAAUUCAGACUGUCCUUGAACGGAGUUGGCAUGCCAAUGGAACAGAUUUUUUAAGGAAAAUGCUAACUGGUGCCUUUUAGCCGAAAAAGGAAGAAAAAUAUCAGAGUUGAUAAUUACAUAAGCCUUAACUAAUGCCUAUAGGCACUGUUUAAGCAAAUCCUUCUCUGAAUAUGGAACAUUUGACAUGUAGCUUUAAACUCUGUUUGAGCGGAUAAUCUUUUUGGAUAGUUAUCCCCCACAACCCGAAUCUAAAUACAGUAUGAUACCCAAAUGGUUGGUAUUGAUACUAUAAAUUGACAGGUUGGUAUUGAUACUACUUUAAAUUGACAGGUUGCCAUUCACUUUG